UUGGAAGGUGAGCAAGCCCCCCAUGGUCAGUCACCGCACUGUUUCGCCCUCGAUAAGAACCCCCAACCUCCAUGAAUCCUCUUCCCAAUUCCAUGCUUCCUUCCUCUCGAUUCUUGCUGAUCAUUGCUCGAUCGAAGCUUUCUGGGUUUGGAUUCUGGUGAGAAGCAGGGGAUCGAGCUGGGUUUCUUUCGGUGGAUUUGGUUGGGGGAUUGGUGGUGGGUUCAAUGCCUGGAGAGGAUCUCGUAGAGCUCAAAUUCCGGCUAUUUGAUGGCACGGAUAUCGGCCCGAUCGGUUACUCCUCGGCCUCCACCAUCGCCAUGCUGAAAGAGAGGAUCGUCUCCGAGUGGCCUCGUGAUAAAAAGAUCAUUCCAAAGGCAGCUAAUGAUGUUAAGCUGAUAAGUGCUGGGAAAAUUUUGGAGGAUAAUAAAACAGUUGCCCAGUGUAGACCUCCUUUUGAUGAGCUUCUGGGAGGGGUUACCAUCAUGCAUGUUGUUGUGCAACCAUCAUUGCCUAAGGCAAAAUCUGAAAAGAAGAUCGAUGAAGUGCCGAAGAAGACUUCCUGUUCUUGCUCCAUAAUGUGAGCCUCUGAAUUAUCACUUCAUUUGUAAGCCUGCUCCAUUCCAUCAUUCAUAAAGUCGGUGAAAGAUCUCUCUUUGCGGCUUCCUUUAUUUCUGCAAAUCAAGAUCGAUUUUACAAUAGAGUUAUACAAAUGAACAAUAGUACCCUAAAUAUAUCACCUGUUGUCACCUGUUACUUUCCGGCAAAGUAUCAAAAUUAUUUUUUUCUUUUUAUUUUCGCACUAGUGUAUCAUUCCAUGGGCCAUCUUUCUAAUGACAUUAGAGUUGUGGUUAUGGGAGUUUGAAAGUGAAUUCCCAUUGCACCAGUAAGAAAAACAACAUUUGGGUGUGGCUUUAUUAUUA